AUGCAAAGAAAUGCUCCGUUGGCUUAUGUUCAAGUCGGUUGUGAAUUUUGUGGUGUUUUUAAUCAUUCGGGAGGAGAGUGCCUAGUUACGGGGCAAGCUUUGAGUGAGCAAGUGAACUACAUUGAGGGACAAAGGCAAGCUAAUGACCCUUACUCUAACACCUACAACCCGGGAUGGAGAAAUCAUCCAAAUUUCGGGUGGAGAAAUCAAGAAGGGCAAGACAAUGCUCAAGGGUCUAAUCAAGCGGGUCCAAGCUUCCAAAGCAACAAUAGGCCUCCACAACAACAAGGUGACUAUCAAGGAAACCCGAACCAUGGGAAUAAUUAUGGGGGAUUGCCCUCUACUACGGAGAACAAAUCAAGGAAGCACCUAGAAGCGAUAGAGCUUCAGAGUGGGCGGAACUUGGAAAAGGCCAAUGGCAAGAAACAUGUAGUAGAGGAGGAUGAGCCUCAAGUGGUUGUUGAUAUAGCAAGUUCAAGUCAAGAGUUACCAAAGGAAUGUGAGGAAGUGGUUAUCGAGGUUGAAGAGCCUUAUAAAUUGCAAAUUAAUCUUAGUUUGGCGGAUGCACUCCGAGAGAUGCCGCAAUAUGCCAAGUUCUUGAAGGACAUCAUUACCAACAAACGGAAUUGGGAUAGUGGUGCAACAGUUCCCAUUCCGAGAGUGUGUAGCUCAAUCAUCUUGAAUGAUCUACCGGCUAAGUUGAAGGACCCAAUGAGUUUUUCUAUACCUUGCACUAUAGGCACUAUGAGUUCAAUAAAUUGGUUAUGUGAUCUUGGUGCUAGUAUUAAUCUUAUGCCUCUAACUCUUUUUAGGGCGUUAUGUGGAGAUCAAACCGUGAAGAGAACCUCGAUGGUACUCCAACUAGCGGAUCAUUCAUUGAGGAGGCCGUGUGGGAUUGUGGAAGAUGUUCUUGUGAAGGUUGAUAAGUUUAUAUUCCCGGUUGACUUUGUUAUCUUGGACUAUGCGGUGGAUAUAGAAUGCCCAAUUAUCUUAGGGCGGCCCUUUAUGAAUACCGGGAGAGCUUUAAUUGAUGUACAUGGUGGGAAAUUGAUGAAGAAACGGUUGAGUUUUAUAUGA